CUCGUUCACCCGAAAGCCGAAUACAUCCUAUCGUGCCUCGGAACAGUCAGAAUUCGAGUUGGCGCUGGGUUGAGACGCCGUGAUGCGGUUCCUGGGUCUAAGCGUGGGUCUUUUGAUUGGCAUUGGGACGUUAAGCCUCGUUAGCCCUGUCUUCACGAAGUGGAAACCGUCCCUGCAAUGCCGGGACUUCGUUGGCGUCGAAGGACCACCGCUUCCAUCUCCCGACGGCGCCCCCGAUCCGUUUCUCCGCCUUGGCGUUCCGUCGCUUGACAACCAGGUGUGUGUCUUGACGCAGUUUUUCAAAGACUGCCGAGACUUCCCGUCUCCCCUGGUGGCCACGAUCGCCAACGCUCUUCUUUUUGGCACGGCAUUGAGUAACACAGUCUUUGUCGGGUUCGAAGCCACGCGAUCGGACUCUCGAGGCGCUGCAGCGUCGGCCAGUCUUACAGCUUUCCUCAUGCAGUACAUUGGCAUUUCUGUCAUCAUCCCUGCCGUGUGGUUCCCGUCGUUCCUCUACUCCCACGCAACUCCAUUGGCGCACCAGGCUCCUGUCUCUCGGCCGGCUGCCAUCAGCAUUGCCCAGCCCCGCCUCCUCGUGUUCAUUGCUCUUGCAAAUGUUGUUGUCGGUGCCAUGCUUCUGUACUUGGGGUUCGCACCAGAUUCGUCGAGCUACUCGAUUGCGUUCUUCGUCUUUCAAUUUUUGCCCAUCGCGUCGCCGUGGCUCUGGCCACUCUUCCGGUCGACCACCCCUUCAUCUGUCAAGGACGCCGUGACGUCCUCCGUCACUGCCACCCAAAUCUACUAUGCGUUUGCUGUGCUGUUUUCACUGCACCACUGGGUUGGUUUCGUCGUUCCGUUGAUAUUUACGCCUGACACGACGCCGCUCAGCAAUCUCGCGACGCUUUGGGCCUUCCUCAAGAAACUCCCCCAAGAAUCACGCGCACUGCCCACGUGGUUUCUCUUGCUGGACGGUAUUUCGUUGACUGCGACAAACGCCCUGAUUGUGGCCACUGAACAACAAACCUUCGCUUCGACCGUCACGUCGCUCUUGCUGUUUGCUGCUCAAUCUGUUGUGGUGGGACCGGGAGCCGCUUUCAUGCUCUUCUGCGCCUCGCGAGAACAAGCCAUUCGUCGCGUCCAUUACGUUGAUCCCCAAAAAUUAUCGUAACUUUGCCGCAACAUAGACCACACAAUCUCUGGCAUGAUUGCCGUGUGCUGCCAAGUUUUCCUCGCGUUUCCAUGGAAAUGGACGGGGACAUGGCUCAUUUAAAUCUGUCUCUGUAGGUAGAUGAAAUGUAUCGUGAAGGACACCCACGCACCAUUGCCUUCGAUGCCAUGUGUGCGACCACCACCAAAGACCCUUUCGGGUGGUGCAGUGCUCAUAGUGACCAAUGCUCAGAUUGGCGAUAUUGAUUCUGAGGAUGGUGCUCAGGAACUAAGGCAAAUCGCCGAAUAGGCGCAUUAUCCACUCUCGACACAUUGCAAGCUAUCCAAAGGGAGCGCUCUCGGCUGCAGUUGCCACGAAGUGCUCAUGAGCAACGACUGCCUUGCGGUUGGUGCUCGCUUGAGCUGCGACGCCACGGUUUACCAACAUUCCCAUGUCGAAGUUGCCCCGUAGCCAAUGAACGAGUCAGAUAACCGAAGCAAUCCGGAUAAAUUUUGUAUCUUCUACAAUUGUAAGUGAAAUUGGAA